CUUUCCCUGCAUUUCCAUUGUUGUUCUGACUCGCACCAUUUCUUCGCCCGGUCAUCCGAAUCUCUGCCUCCUCCAAUCAACAGGAAAACCCUAAUGGCGGCAUCCUCCUCCGCCUCCUCUUCCUCCGCCUCCUCCUCCUCCUCCUCAUCCUCCUCCUCCGAUUCACCUUCCUCGCCGUCGCGCCGCCGUCGCCGGCACCGCGGCGGCGGCGGCAGCGGCAGCAGCAGCAGCCGCCGCGAGAGGGAGCGGGACGCCCUCAAAGUCCGCAAGAAGAGCCGGUCUCACGGCAAACGGCGGCGCAGGCAUCGCCAUCGCUCUUCCUCAGAUUCCUACUCCUCCUCGGAUUAUGCCAGUGACAGUUCUGAAAGCGGGCAUGACACGUCUCAUCAUUCGAAGAAGCCAAGAAAAAGUGACAAGCCCAAGAAGCACAAGGAAAAGGAUAGGAGCAAGAAUCGUCAUCAUAAACGUGAUAAGCAGAAAGUGAAAGAGAGUCAGCAGGAUGAAAGAGGUAGUGGUCCGGUGCAGCUUUCUAAGUUUUUGGGGCGGGACCAAGAUGAUGGUGUUCGUCGCAGUGCUGUCUCUGGCAAAAAGAUUCUUUUGAAACUUGACAAAACAAAGGAGGACAAGAUGGCUGAAAGCAAAAGAAGUGAACUGCUAAAGUUCUUGAAUGCUAGUUUUGAUUGAUCAUUGAGGAUGUUGGCCAACUAUGGAGGUGAAUAUACAACAUGAUGUUUCUUCUUCCGGCCCCAUUUGAUGGUCCUGGGUUCCUCCUUGGCGACCCUCCGAUAAAUGUUGUGUUUCUAAGUUUGAACGUUGGGUCUUUAUCCAUGAGAAGCUGUUGUGAGCUUCUUCGUGACUUUGAUUUGGACGACAUAUGUAAGAAAUUGGCGUUUGACUAUUUGCUUGUUCUCUUGGCAAUGAUUGAAGAAGAUCCAUCAUGGAUACUUUCAA